AUGGUUGGCGUGUUCUGUGGGUGGGGGUUAGUGGAUGGAUUAGGACAUGGAUGGAUGAGCAUUGUUUGCGGGGAGUGGCAGUGCGGUGGCGAUGGUAAGUGGGAAUUUCUGAUCGAUAAAGAAAAAAUGUCAAGGGUUGUGUCCAUGGGAGAUGGGAUAGAGGUAAGGGAGUUGGAGGAUAGAAUUUGUAGGGAGUUCUUUGUUGGCAAAUGUUCUGACGUAAGGGCUUCUCUGAGUUACUGGCCGCCUAACAGUAGGGAAUUAGCAACAGGCAUAACGACGCCCCCUGUGAUGGUGACAAACGCUGGGGCGGUGGCGUUUUUCUUCAAACACCUUCGGGUUAACAGCGCGAUGAACAUGUUUGUGACUUUUGUUAAGUCUACCGAUAACGUCCCCCUAGUAGCAGAUGGAGGCCUUGUUGGUUUUACAACUCCAGUUGUUGGGCGAAAGCGGAAGGGUAUAUUUGAGGGUGGAGGUAGAUCUGGGAGGAGUGAUGAGAUUGCGGGUUAUGCGUCGUCUGUUGGGUCAAAAUCUCAGCAUUGGUUUAUGGACGAUGAGGACGUUGUAAGUCACGUGGAGAGUGCUGAGGGGCAGUAUAGGAGCGGAAGCAUAGGCAAAGGUAGUAUUGGUUUGGGUGAUGAGUUUGAUUUGUCUGACACAGAGGAAAACUGCAGGUCUGUUCCGGACGAUGGACAGGUCGCAGAAGCUGGGUAUGAUAAGGAUUUUUGGGAGCCUUUGAUAGACGAUCCACUCGGUGGAUCUGAUGCGAUUGACAUUUUGUGUGGAGAUGAUGUUACAGGUGAACCAAUGGUUAUCGGCAUGAUGGAAGAAGCCCUUCGUAAGUCAAACGCUGGGAGAGAAGCACGUGCUGUGUUUGGAAAGGGAAAUAGGAGUAAUUCAAGUGUUGUGGAUGUAAGUAAAGCCGAGGACGUGGAGAUCCCUGUUGACAUCUUGCAGACUACGCUGAUGCCCCCUAGGACUAAGCGGCCACCUGGAAGACCGAAGGAGGGGCGUAUACCAUCGACAGGAGAGAUAUAUGACGUGAUGGAUUAA